AUGCGCUUCGGAAGGACUCUACUUCUUUGUAUUGUGCUCGUUCGACUGUGUGCGAGCGUUCAUUGGCUGGCUCUCGGACUUGCCGGGAACCGUCUCGACCGAUCACGAAUCGCCUACUCAUGCAAGAACAUGAAAGGACUCACCAAAAAGCAGAUAAGAUUCUGUCGAAAGAACCCCGACAUGAUGGAUAGUGUGCAAUAUGGUGCUCAAAACGCCUACGCUGAAUGUCAGUAUCAGUUCAACAAGAGAAGGUGGAACUGCACAUUGAUCGAUCCAGUCACUCUUGAGUUGAUCAGCGACGUAAUAAUGCGAGAAGGCACACGCGAAUCCGCCUUCGUUCAUGCUGUCUCCGCUGCUGGAGUCGCAUAUCGGGUGACGCGAGACUGUGCCCGAGGGCUGAACGAAAGGUGCGGAUGCGAUCAAUCGAUGCUCACACUCGAUCCGCAGAUGCGGAGCUAUGACUAUCAAGGAUGUUCGGAUAACGUUCAGUACGGUAUAGCGAUCUCGAGAGAGUUCGUUGAUGCUGCUGAAAGAGGAAAGAACGCUUCUAGUCGAGCGAUUUUGAACCUACACAAUAAUAGAGCGGGCAGACAAGUACUCGAGAAAAGUCUGCGUCGAGAAUGUAAGUGCCAUGGAAUGAGCGGCUCGUGCGAAAUAAAGACGUGUUGGGACACUCUUCCAAGUUUUAGGGAGAUAGGAAUGAUCAUAAAAGACAAAUUUGAUGGAGCGUCUGAAGUUGCAAUCGAAGAAGAGGAUGAACAACCUCGAAUCGUUAUGAAGAAUUCACAAUUCAAGAGACACACCAACGCGGAUCUGAUCUACAUGAGCCCAUCUCCCGACUUUUGCGAUGCAGAUCCGGCUCGGGGUAUUUUUGGCACGAAGGGAAGGGAGUGCAAUGUUACGUCGCAAGGAGUGGACGGUUGUCAGCUGUUGUGUUGUAACCGUGGUUUUGAACGACGGGUCUUCUUCGAGGCGGACCAGUGCAAUUGCAAAUUCCACUACUGUUGUCGAGUUGAAUGUGAGCCAUGUGAACGACGCAUAGAGAAGAAUUUCUGUCUCUGA